AUGGGUAAAAAAAAAGAGUUAACGGCUGAACAAUAUGGGGCAAUUCUUUAUGGCCACAAACGAGGUGAUUCAUAUCAGAAAAUUGCUGACAAUGUCCAAUGUGGCAAAACGACUGUCCAUGAUGCGAUAAAACGUUUCAAAAAAACGGGUUCUGCAAUACCAAAAAAACGUUGCGGCCCAAAGCCACUUUUUGAUUCCAAUGCACAAGCCUCACUCAAAAAGAUCAUUACACAAAAUUCGAAGCAUCGCCGCCUCACCACUCAUAAAAUUCAGGAAUUAUGGAUUAAAAAAAAAAAGAAGAAAGUUUCAACUGUUACAAUUCGUCGAACCCUUAAAAAAGUUGGUUUACGUCGUAGCUUACGUGUGUGGCGUACACCAGAAGAAGAAUUUGAUCCUUCUUGUUUAACUGCUACG